CGCACCGCGCCGCCUCCGCGCCUCGCCCCGGCGCCGCACUCCCGCCCGCCGGCCCCGCUCCCGGCCCGGCCCCGCCCCGCCCCGCCCCGCCGCGGCCGGUCCACUGCUCCCCGCGGGCCCGAGCCGGCCGAGCGGCUGCCCGCCGGGGCUCUGAACGGCGCGGCGGGGCCGGGAGCCAGGGACCGGACGGCUGAGGAGAGCAGCGGAGGAGACCAGCGGCCCCGGACGGCUGCCGGAGGGGCGGCCGCGCGUGGAUGCGGCGGGAGCUGGAAGCCUCGAGCAGCCGGCGCCGUCUCUGCUCCCGGGCGCCCUAUGGCUUGAAGAGCCUGGCAGCCCUGUGGCUCCACGGCCCCCAUGGAUCCGCUGAAUCUGUCCUGGUACGAUGACGACCUGGAGAGGCAGAACUGGAGCCGGCCCUUCAACGGGUCGGAAGGGAAGGCAGACAGACCCCACUACAACUACUACGCCACGCUGCUCACGCUGCUCAUCGUUGUCAUCGUCUUCGGCAACGUGCUGGUGUGCAUGGCUGUGUCACGGGAGAAGGCUCUGCAGACCACCACCAACUACCUGAUCGUCAGCCUCGCCGUGGCCGACCUCCUCGUGGCCACGCUGGUCAUGCCCUGGGUUGUCUACCUGGAGGUGGUGGGUGAGUGGAAAUUCAGCAGGAUUCACUGUGACAUCUUUGUCACCCUGGAUGUCAUGAUGUGCACAGCGAGCAUCCUGAACCUGUGUGCCAUCAGCAUUGACAGGUACACAGCUGUCGCCAUGCCCAUGCUGUACAACACACGCUACAGCUCCAAGCGCCGUGUCACGGUCAUGAUCGCCAUCGUCUGGGUUCUGUCCUUCACCAUCUCCUGCCCACUCCUGUUUGGACUCAACAACACAGACCAGAACGAGUGCAUCAUUGCCAACCCGGCCUUCGUGGUCUACUCGUCCAUCGUCUCCUUCUACGUGCCCUUCAUCGUCACGCUGCUGGUCUACAUCAAGAUUUACAUCGUGCUCCGCAGGCGCCGCAAGAGGGUCAACACCAAGCGCAGCAGCCGAGCUUUCAGGGCCAACCUGAAGGCCCCACUCAAGGGCAACUGCACGCACCCCGAGGAUAUGAAACUCUGCACCGUUAUCAUGAAGUCUAAUGGCAGUUUCCCAGUGAACAGGCGGAGAGUGGAGGCUGCCCGCCGAGCCCAGGAGCUGGAGAUGGAGAUGCUCUCCAGCACCAGCCCCCCUGAGAGGACCCGGUACAGCCCCAUACCCCCCAGCCACCACCAGCUGACCCUCCCCGACCCCUCCCACCACGGCCUCCACAGCAAUCCCGACAGUCCUGCCAAACCAGAGAAGAAUGGGCAUGCCAAAAACCACCACAAGAUUGCCAAGAUCUUUGAGAUCCAGACCAUGCCCAAUGGCAAAACCCGGACCUCGCUCAAGACCAUGAGCCGCAGGAAGCUCUCCCAGCAGAAGGAGAAGAAGGCCACUCAGAUGCUCGCUAUUGUUCUCGGCGUGUUCAUCAUCUGCUGGCUGCCCUUCUUCAUCACACACAUCCUGAACAUACACUGUGACUGCAACAUCCCGCCCGUGCUGUACAGCGCCUUCACGUGGCUGGGCUAUGUCAACAGCGCCGUGAACCCCAUCAUCUACACCACCUUUAACAUCGAGUUCCGCAAGGCCUUCCUGAAGAUCCUCCACUGCUGACCCUGCUGCCCACUUGCACAGCAGCCUGCUUCCUGCCUCCCUGCCCAGGCCGGCCGGGCCACACCCCUGCGACCAUGGGCAGGAAGGCCUGGAGUGAACUUGGCCUUCUCUUCACCCCAGCAGGCCCUGCAGUGUGUUAGCUUGGCUCUGUGCCCUGCACUGCCCGCACGCCCUCACUCUGCCAGGGUACUGCUAGGGAGCCAGUCAUGGUACCAGUCCCGGGGCUGGACCACCUGGCUCAGGGGCAGCUCACAGGGUCCCCCUCCCACCUCCAGGCCCCCUCUCCUUGGCACCAAAGAUGCAGUCACCUUCCCUGACCUUUCUGUGGGGCUCUGGGUUCGCUGGGGGCUCAAAGCCUGAGUGAUCUCUGUCUGUUAGGGUUGGCCUGGAGCAGGCGGUGGGGAUGGAUGGACAGUGUAUACCCCACAUGGUCCACACAAGGCGAGCAAGAGCUUCUGCCCAGGACCCAGGAGACGCAGUCCUGGAUGACCCAUGUAAAUACCAGACUGCAGGAUGGACCCCCAGAGAGGCCCAAGCCAAAAAUCUCAGCUCCCACCCCCACCCUGAUGUGAGCCUCUACUUUCCACAUCAGUGGGUCUUGACAUGCCUCACCCCAUUACAGCUCCCCAUGCCAUUUCCACAGGCUCCAAGAGGAGGAACCCUAAUCUUGAAGGCCCCCAAGAAUCUGAGGGCUGCCACCUUCUGCCAGCCCUCAGAUUCAGCCCUUCUGAUAGCAAAUGCUGGCCAGCCUGGGCCAGGUGGGAGGUCGGGCCUUGGAAUCAGGCCUGGGCCUGGG